AGUGUUUGACAACGUUGCGGAGUCCCAAGAGAUCAAAAAUGAUAAGUAAAACUCGAAAAUUAGCAGCAUCGCUGAUUAGAUUCAAUCAUAACACCUUGCGUAAUAAUGAAGCGCCAGACCUGGGACCAAAUGCGCCACAUCUUCGCCCAGGCGGUGAGCGCAGUGCACCCUGAGAAGAUAUUCGCCGACUUCCAGCGUUUCGACCUACGGCCGCAAAGAUCGGCGGAUAAUCCCAGCGAAAUCCUCAUCAAAUUGAAUGGAAAAACUGAGAAUAUUGGCGACAGGAGGUGCCACGUUGUGGGCUUUGGUAAGGCGGUUCUGGGAAUGGCCCACAAGGUACACCAGGACCUGGGCCAAUUAUCCGCAGGCGGAGUAAUAAGUGUCCCCAAGGGCACCCUGAAAAACUAUCAGCAACCUAUUGACUCCAGCCUUAAAAUCUUCGAGGGAGCACCCAACAAUUUGCCAGAUGAGGAAGCCCUCAAGGCUGCGCAGGAGAUCAAGAAUCUUGCCUUAAAUAUGACGCCUCAGGAUGUGCUGUUUGUAUUCGUUUCCGGCGGUGGCUCUGCCUUGUUGCCCUUACCCCGCUCUCCUUUGACUCUGGAGGACAAACGUAGCAUAUCCGACAAGCUAAUGAAACGGGGAGCCAGCAUCCAAGAGAUUAAUACCGUGAGAAUUGCAUGCUCGGAUAUUAAAGGCGGCCGCCUCGCCCGAUUCGCCAAAAAUGCAGGGCUCGUAGUGACCCUUGUUCUCAGCGAUAUCAUUGGAGAUCCUUUGGAAUUGAUAGCCUGUGGACCCACGGUACGUCCUGUGCCUGGAGUCACUGCUGCAGAAGUUUUGCAAAAACAUAAAGUCUGGAAUGAACUGUCCCCCGAAAUACAGAAACUUUUUGAGAUCCCGGAAUUGGAUGAGGACACAUUGCCAAAGAAGGAAAAGGUGUUUGUAGUGGGCAGCAAUGUGUUAGCCACGGAAAGGGCUUCCCAAGAGGCGAGAAAGCUUGGUUACAUUCCCUGCAUCUUAAGUUGUUCUGUCCAUGGAGAUGUGGCACAAGUGGCUAACGACUAUCAUCGACUUUUGCAAGGAGUCCUAGAAUCCAAACAUGAAAUUGACGAGCGUCAGCUGCGACAAAAGUAUGCGUUUGGGGAUAACAGCUUUCCGGGAUUUAUAGAAGCCUUGAAGGAGCAUUUAAGCUCGAAGAGGCCCCUGUUUCUCAUAUGCGGCGGCGAGCCGGUCAUAAAAGUGACUGGCCAAGGUCUGGGAGGACGCAGCCAGCAUUUGGCUUUGCUAAUGUCGCAGAUUCUGCAUCGGGACGAGGCGUUACGGGAGUGCAGCUUCUUUAGUGCAGGAACAGAUGGCAUUGAUGGGCCCACAGAUGCAGCCGGAGCUAUAGGAGACAGCCAGGUGGUUGUUUCCUUUUUGAGCAGCCACACCCUGGACGAAUUGGCCGAAACAGUGCGAAACUGCGACAGCUACAACUUCUACAGGACUCUGGAGGAUGGAAAUUACCACGUGCUCACUGGCCACACGGGUACCAAUGUGAUGGAUAUGCACUUUGUGGUCGUUCCAUAGUCCACAUAUUGUUUUUUUUUAAUGUAGCUCUCGAUGCUCUUGAACCGCAGACAGGCAAUAAUCGUUUAAAUUUGUUUUUACGAUUUUCCUCUUUAAUUUUGCUCUAUGAAAUUUUUACGACUUUUUUCAUUAACGCUUUUAAUAUCCAUUCAAAUUCAAAUAAUUUUGUGAUCUUUAUGCUCCAAGCAGCUCUCAAGUGACAGCAUAAAAUGGCAAUUAGUUUCCCACUUUCUGCGUCCAUUUCAUUGGGUUAUGUAUUAAGGCUUGAUUAUAAUUAUGUGGCGUUUAUGGCCACAAUAAAGCACGAGUACGCGAAUAUGUGUAUAUAUUUUAUAUUAGAAAUUCCCAUUCAAUUUCCAUUUCUCUUGUACUGCGACUCAUAAAAAUUUGCUGCUAAUAAAUCAUCUUAAUUGUUUUAAACGCCAAACGGCAAACAGUAGCACUGGCGGGCAACUACAACAAUUGCCAGCGAUAAUUGCAAUUAAAAAUGUUAAUUUA